AUGUCUGGAACGGCCAAGAGUAUGGAAGUGUCCACCCUCUCUGAAACUCUUAAGCCGAGUCCUGAUCUCAAUCAGGAGUCUUUGGACCCUCAGAUCAUAAUCACCUUUAUCGAAACUGGAGCACAUUCCCCUGUCUCCUGGGGCUCCCUCCCUUCCCUAAAGAACAGCCACCAUCAGGCAACUGAACAACAGACAGCACAGAAGUUUGAAAAUCUCUUAAAAGAAAUGAAACAUACUAUUAAAGACGUGAUGAGUUAUGAAGAGAUUACUGAAGCAAAAGAAUCGUUUGAGGAAACCAAUAUGUCUGAUGAUGUGUCAGAAUUUAAAGAAAAAAUCAGAGGACUUGAUAAAAUAAUGCAAUUGAAAAACCAGCUUGGUACUUUAGACCUAGAGAGAGAACAGAAUGCAAAGAAACAGGAGAUGAUAUUAGAAGACCAGAACUGCAAGGACACAGUACAAGGUUUUGCAAGGGAUUUGGCGAAUUGUUCAAUAGGAAAAAGAGCCCUUAAUGAAACUCCUAAGAAGGACAAAGCACAAAAGAGAUUGCCUCACGUUCAAGAAGAAAAUAUUAAACUUAGGAACAACAUGGAGCAGUUACUACAGGAAGCAGAACACUGGAGUGUACAACAUUUUGAGCUUAGUGAGCUAAUAAAAUCAUAUCAGAAAUCUCAGAAAGACUUAAGAGAAACUGUUAAAAAUAAUGGAGUCAUUUUCCAAACUCAGCCGAAUAAUGACGUUCUAGCUGAGCAUGAGCUGUAGGAACAAGUGAGACUGAAACAUGACACGUAUUAAUUGCAUUUGAUUGCAGCUUUGCUGGAGAACGAAUGCCAGAUAGUACAGCGGGGAACAGAGCUUUUCAAGGAACUCCAUCAUCAGAAAGAGGGAGCUGUGCAAGAGAAACCAAUUCGGAUAAACUAUGAACAAGAUGAGAACCUAUCAGAAGCAGAGAGGGUGGAAAUGUGUAAGCAUAAAAUGGAAGAAACAGUGGGUACAGUUAAGAAAACAGACAAAUUCUACAGAAGCCUGGAUGUUUGUCAUAGUAAGAAAGCUCAUAAUAACUGUUUCAAUAGUCAGGUUGCAAGAAGAACUCGGGGAAAAAAGAAGUCAGCUAGCAGCCUAAGAUAG